CUUGGCACAUGGAAUUCCCUUCAGAAAAGGACAAGAUAUGAUUUGAAAUCUUACAAAAGCAUGUCAGAAAGUGAUGAAAAGAGAUAUGACAAGACAUCUACAAUUUAAUUGUUCGACGAAGACGUAGCAGUGUUCCAAGAUGUUUCGUCAAGGCCUGCGCAUCGGCAUCCGACAGUUCUGUUCCAACGGGUCAGAUAAAACGCCCCCUGCUGGGUCGUUCCGCUCGCCCUGGAAGAUCUUGAAGGAAGAGUUCCAGGCAGUAAAGCAGGGUCAGCCCCUCCCGACUGAACUGCCUGUCCCCCGUGAGGUGGACAUUCUGGUGGUCGGAGGGGGGCUGAUUGGAUCAGCCGUGGCGUACUGGAUCAAGCAGAGGCAUCCCAAAGGAGUCAGCUUGAUGGUGUUGGAGAAAGAUAUGAGCUAUACCCGGGCAUCGAGCACUCUGUCAGCAGGUGGUCUCCGCCACCAGUUCUCAAUGGCAGAGAACAUCCAGCUGUCUCUGUUCUGCACCGAUUUCCUGCGGAACAUCAAGGAACAUCUCAGUGUUCUCGACCAGGACCCUCCAUGUGUCCCCUUCAACCACCAAGGCUAUCUGUUCCUGGUACCUCCAGACAGUGUGGAACAGUGUCUGAAAAACCACGCCCUACAGACUGAGCUGGGGGCCAAGAUUGAGCUGCUGACCUGUAGCAGGCUGAAGGAGAAGUUUCCCUGGCUGAACCUUGAUGGCGUUGAACUUGGAAGUUACGGUGUGGAGGGAGAGGGCUGGUUUGACCCCUACUGUCUCCUCCAGGCCUUCAAGCAGAAGAACCAGAGUCUGGGGGUCCGCUAUGUGACAGGGGAGCUCACUGAGUUUGAUUUCCGAGAAGAAAGAAUUAUGAUGGGCUCUGAGUCAAACUCACACAAAAUCCUCGACUCUGCUGUUAUAAAAGGCAAAGAUGGAAAGAUGUAUGAGACAAGGUUCGCGGUCGUCAUCAACUGCGCUGGAGCCUGGGCAGGCGAUGUUGCUAGGAAGGCAAUGAUUGGUCUUGGUCCUGGUGACCUCUCAACUCCACUUCCUGUUGAACCCCGGAAGCGCUACGUCUAUGCCAUCCACUGUCCUGACGGACCUGGGGUGGCAUCACCAUUGACAGUGGACUCCUCUUUGACCUACUACAGGCAGGAUGGCUACGGGGGCCAUUACAUCUGUGGUUGCUCCCCUACAGAGGAAAACGAGCCAUGCACUGAUGAUCUCGAGGUCAACUAUGACUACUUCCACGAGAAUGUGUGGCCAUCACUGGCAAGCAGGGUCCCCAAGUUUGAAUGUCUCAAGUUAAAAAGUGCCUGGGCUGGUUUCUAUGACUACAACACGUUUGACCAGAACCUGAUUAUAGGGAACCACCCAUAUCAUCGAAACAUGAUCUUUGCCAAUGGUCUCAGUGGCCAUGGCGUACAGCACGCCACGGGCAUCGGCCGAGCCGUCAUGGAACUCAUUAUUGAUAACGACUUCAAAACUAUUGACUUGAGUAGAUUAGGUUUUGAGAGACUGAUAUAUAAGGAGCCAGUACUGGAACAACACAUUGUGUAAAAUAGAGAACUUGGGAACAAGAAUGUUUGAAGAAGUUUGGCUAAUAGAACUAAUUUACACAAAGUGUGUGAUCUCAUUUGAAACUCACAUUGGCUGAAUGGGUUAGAUCACUGACCUUGUGUGCUGGCAAUUGGUGCCUGACUCUGUGAGGUUGGGUUUGAAUUGUGGAUGGGACUAAAUGUAACAAAAGAAACUAUAAUCUGUAAUUUCCCAAAUGUAACGUGUGAAAGAAUAUUUAUGUCUACCAUAUAUUCCAGUCUUGGUAUAUGCCCUUGUUUACGGGUUGAUCGAGGACAGUUGAAUGUAGAUAAGGUCAUUGAACAGUGGAUUAUUUCAGCUCUCUGUUCUAAAGAUGUAAUAAUGCACAAGUACCCAUGUGCAUUGUCACAACAGAGAGUUUAUCUUUUCACUUGCAACAUGUGAGAAGUCUUCAUCUGUUCACUUGCAACAAUAGACAGAGUUCAUCUUUUCACUUGUAAAUUGUGAGAAGUGUUCAUCUUAUCAUUAACAAUCUAUGAGAAGUGUUCAUCUCUGCACUUGCAACAAUAAGCAGAGUUAAUCUUUUCACUGUCUGGUGGUUUCUCUAUCAUGAAGGAGGAUAGAUGAAACUUUGAAACACCUGCAGACUGUUGAACUUUACACAAGAAUUCCCUCACGGGUAAUAAAGUAUUGUCAUUGUCAUUGUGUGGUUGUAGAUACCCUCAUGGAACCAACAUAAGGGUCACUGAUGCUAGCACAGUUGGCCUAGUGUGCAGAGUUCUAUCCCCUUGUUGCGCCAGGAUUUGUUGGUCUUUGGUCUUGGUUUGGCAGCACCAUACUUCUGCUUAUUGUUUUAAUAAAAGCAGUAAACAUUAUGACAUUAUUCCCAAAUAGAUACUCACUAUGAAAUAACCAAAAUAACGCUGUUCAUGGCAUCAUUAAGCUGAUCUCAUAAUCUCAAGAUUCAGAACGUGUUCAAGUAUCGUUACUAUGCCGACCUCAGUAGUAUAUUUUCUGCGUGUCUGUAGUCAGUCCUAGAUGUUACAUGUAAAGAUUCAGCUUAAAACUGACAUAUAACUGACCUGUUUCUUCUUAAGAGUUCAUAAAUUAGGGCUGGGGGGUGAUGAUGAUUUUUUUAUGGAGAAGCAUGUUCAACGUGAAUGACACCCCCUAAAAUUUAUGUACAAAGUGACACCCCACCCCAAACACCCCACACAUACCCUGCGUGUCAUGUACAAAAUCAACGACACUACAACCCCUUUCCCAUAAUUUUUAAGCAUACUUUUAUGUACAGAAUUGCUUACUCCCCUCUAGUACAUGUGUACAAAAUUGUUGACCCCCCUUCCCCAGAAUAAAAUGGGUGACUCCAUUAAAAUCAUCAUCACCCCCUUAGGUAUAAAUUAUGAACAGUCCCUAAUUGAUGGUAACAUUACGAUAAAAGGGCAUUAUUGAAUUGUUUAUUUCUUGGAGUGUGUUUGAUUUUAGUAUAGGAUGUGUUGAUGAAAAUGUGUAUGAAUGUUGAUUGAAAUAAACAGAAACCGUUUUUAUUUGA